AUGAAGACUGAAGACGCGGCGAAGGCGUUCAGUGCCGAGCGUGAACCUCGCCAGUGUACGUGCUGCGGAAAAUUGGGGCACACGGCGGAGCGGUGCUGGACCAAGCAGAAGGACGAAAAUCAAGGUGGAGCUCGACGCGGCGGUAACAAUGCUCGUGGACGCGGAGCCAACAACGUUCAGUGGCGAAUCAACAGCAACUACGACGACAACUACGAUCGAGUUGCGUUCGCGGUUUCGCUGGAGGCUGGACUUUCGACGGGCAAGAAUAUGCCAGGGAUGUGGGCAUUCGACAGCGGUGCGACGCAUAACAUCUGCAGCGACAAGGCCAAGUUUGCAAGCCUGAAUGAGCGAGAGGAAGGCGAACUAUCAGUGGCUGAUGGCAGCAAGGCUGCGAUCAAGGGUGUGGGAACCAUCAUGGAACGGGUGGUUCUGUCCAAUGGUGACGAACGCGACAUUGAGAUCAAGGACGCAUUGUUCGUACCAAGUAUGAGCAAGAAUCUGCUUUCGGUGCCACAGAUCAACAAGGGUGGCAGGUUCCAAGUCGUGUUCGAUGGGUCCAAGAUGCAAGUGAAGCGCAAGAAUUCCACACAAGUUGUGGCAACAGCGGAUCUCGUCGAUGGACUUUACUGGCUGCGGACUCCUCAACGAUCGGCAAAUGCAGCAACACGCAAUGGGACUAUCGACUUGCAUGCGCGCAUGGGUCAUGCACCCCUCAAAGUUCUGCGCAAGAUGGCGGCCACUGGCAUGAUCAAGGACGCCAAGGAACCUCUCAACUCGACUGGUCCAAGUGUGUGUCGCGGUUGCCAGCAAGGAAAGAUGGUCCAAAAACCAUUCCCAACCAACCGUGACAAACGCCAAUAUGGUGUGUUCGAGUUGCUGCAUUUCAACAUCUGCGGGCCAAUGGAACAAGUCUCGAUCGGUGGCAGCAGAUACUUACUGCUUGUGGUUGACGAAGCCAGCGGUUGCGUGAAGGGCUUCUGUCUGCGGUCCAAGUCUGAGAGUGAAGACUGUAUCAUGAACCACAUUAUCAAGAUUCAAACUCAGUUCGGCACGAUGGAGCGCGUCACGGUGCCGUAUGCACACCAGACCAACGGCACCGCAGAACGCGCGAUGCGGACCAUCGUCACGAUCGGACGCAUCUUGUUGCAUCAUGCAAAGCUGGAGAAGUGUUUCUGGGCUGAAGCGGCAAUGAAGGCGAUCUACAUCGAGAACCGCCUGCCUUCACCCAAGAUCGACCACAAGACUCCGUUCGAGAUCGUGUACAAGUCGAAACCAAGUGUCAAGCACAUGCGCGUGUUUGGAUGUCGGGCGUUUAUCCUGACACCAAGGGAGAAGCGAUUGAAGUGGGACCCGAAGGCUCGUGAAGGGAUAUUCAUGGGCUACGAAGAAGCGUCAAAAGCUUAUCGAGUGUACGACAUUGAGGCGGGCCAAGUGGUGAUCAGUCGUGACAUCACCUUCGACGAAUCGACUUUUGACUUUUCGAUGGACCGACCAAGUGACGAUGAUGAAGAUGCGCAGUUGGACCUCGACCUCCUGGCGAUCAACGAGGACGACGUGCGUCAAACCGUCUACAAGCAGACUGGCAAGCGCAAGAGUGAAGCAAGACCCGGCAUGUCACGUUCAGAUCGCCCUCGAACUGGGUUGGAACAAGCAAGUGCGCCGGAACACGUCUCCAACCGUCACCAGAAACGACGAUCAAGUGCUCCAGAAACGAUGUCUGAUGACGAAGAAGAUGCAAGCGUCUACGAUCAAGAUGACGACUCGACGCCUCCAACAUUUUGGCGUGCAAGUGCAAAAGCAAUGGAAGCAACGGACCUAGCAGAACCUGUGACUUUUCAAGACGCGGUCAAUGGUCCUGAUCAAGCUCACUGGCGAAAUGCUGUGAAGGCGGAACUCAAGUCGAUGCAUCUUCUCGGAGUUUUCCGUGCGGCAAAACUGCCAAGAGGCCAAGGCGCGAUCGGCACCAAGUGGGUGUUCAAGAUCAAGCGCAAAGCGGAUGGAUCGGUCGAGAAAUACAAGGCGCGUCUCGUUGCCAAGGGCUUCAAGAAGAAGUACGGCAUCGACUACACAGAGACGUUUUCGCCCGUGGUCAAGUACGUGACACUGCGUAUGGUGAUCGCGAUCACCAAGUAUUUCGACUGGCCACUGGACCAGCUCGAUGUGGUGACAGCCUUUCUCUACGGAGUGAUGAAGGAGAAGGUGUACUGCGUGAUACCAGAAGGCGUCGAGAUGGAUGGCGACUUCGACUGUCUCGAGUUGGUGAAGGCGAUCUACGGUCUCGAGCAAGCUUCACGUGUGUGGAACGAGACUUUCGACGACUCGCUCGAGUUGAUUGCGCAGACGAAGGCCGACCUCAAGACACGUUUCGAGGUGACCGACAGUGGCAAGUGUACUUUUGUACUGGGCAUCGAACUGGUGGACGAAUCGGAUGGCAGCGUGACGAUGUGCCAGCGACGGUAUGUCAACGACAUCCUCAAGCGCUUCGGCAUGGAUGAGUGCAAAGCCACAGCAAGUCCGGUCGACUUGAGCACUCGGCUUGUCGCUUGCAGCGAAGCGGCCAAGAUCGACGUUCCGUUUCGUGAAGUUGUGGGAGCUUUGAUGCACUUGACGACUGCGACGCGCCCGGACAUUGCGUAUGCUGUGGGGUACGUCUCGCGCUUCAUGGAGAAUCCGCAGCAAGAACAUUGGACGGCGGUGAAGCGCAUCUUUCGUAACUUGCAAGGGACCAAGUCGCACGGACCCCACUUCCAGCCAAGCGACAAGAUCGACUUUCGUGGCUACACGGACGCGGACUGGGCCGGCGACCACGCUGAUCGCAAGUCGACUUCGGGUUACACUUUCAUGCUGAUGGGUGCUCCUGUGAGUUGGGGAAGCAAGAAGCAGUCAAGUGUGUCGCUGUCGAUGAGUGAAGCGGAAUACAUCGCACUGAGUCUGGCCAUCCAGGAAGGCAAGUGGGUGCAUCGCCUGCUAUGCGAGAUUUUGGCGGCCGCAAACGAACCAGGACCAGACCUCGUCAUCCGUGAAGACAACCAGUCGUGCAUCAAGAUGACAAAGAAUACGGUGCAUCAUGGCCGCGCCAAGCACAUCGACAUCAAGUACCAUCACAUCCGUGAUGAGGUCAAGCGCAGUGAAGUGCAGCUCGAGUAUUGCGAGACUUCCGUGAUGAUGGCGGACAUCAUGACCAAGGGACUUUCGGGACCUCGCCACAAGGACUUGACGACGGCUCUCGGCAUUCGUGCGAGUUCGGAUUGA